AGACGCUGCUCUCAGUCCUCUGGCGCCUGCUCCCCAGCGCAUUCCUUCUGCUCCUGGGAUAUUUGUCUCAUUACUGCCAGUUCUUGCGCAGCGGUCACUGGGUUCGUUUCAGCGUCUGUGGUUUCUGUCGCUGUUAUCCAGUCUCCAUCGCCCCAGCUCAGCUUCAGGCCUUCUUCCGAGACUCCACGGGAGAGCCCAGAGAGCCUCCGGAGCCGGUGAGCUGGGAAGCCAUGGAGGAAGUCCCACCCUACUCCCUCAGCAGCACCCUGUUCCAGCAGGAAGAACAGAGUGGGGUGACCUACCGGAUCCCAGCCCUGCUGUACCUUCCUCCCACCCACACCUUCCUGGCCUUUGCAGAGAAGCGGACCUCAGUCAGAGAUGAGGAUGCUGCCUGCCUGGUGCUCAGACGAGGGCUGAUGAAGGGGCGCUCUGUACAGUGGGGCCCCCAACGGCUACUGAUGGAGGCCACAUUACCUGGGCAUCGCACCAUGAACCCCUGCCCUGUGUGGGAGAAAAAUACUGGCCGUGUGUACCUGUUUUUCAUCUGUGUGCGGGGCCAUGUUACUGAGAGGUGCCAGAUUGUGUGGGGCAAAAAUGCCGCCCGUCUCUGCUUCCUUUGCAGUGAAGAUGCCGGCUGCUCUUGGGGUGAAGUGAAAGACUUGACCGAGGAGGUCAUUGGCUCAGAGGUGAAGCGCUGGGCCACAUUUGCUGUGGGCCCAGGUCAUGGCAUCCAGCUACACUCGGGAAGGCUGAUCAUCCCCGCCUAUGCCUACUAUGUCUCACGUUGGUUUCUCUGCUUUGCGUGUUCAGUCAAGCCCCAUUCCCUGAUGAUCUACAGUGAUGACUUUGGAGUCACAUGGCACCAUGGCAAGUUCAUUGAGCCCCAGGUGACAGGGGAGUGCCAAGUGGCCGAAGUGGCUGGGACGGCUGGUAACCCUGUGCUCUACUGCAGUGCCCGAACACCAAGCCGAUUUCGAGCAGAGGCUUUUAGUACUGAUAGUGGUGGCUGCUUUCAGAAGCCAACCCUGAACCCACAACUCCAUGAGCCUCGAACCGGCUGCCAAGGUAGUGUAGUGAGCUUCCGGCCUUUGAAGAUGCCAAAUACCUAUCAAGACUCAAUUGGCAAAGGUGCUCCCGCUACUCAGAAGUGCCCUCUGCUGGACAGUCCUCUGGAGGUGGAGAAAGGAGCUGAAACACCAUCAGCAACAUGGCUCUUGUACUCACAUCCAACUAGCAAGAGGAAGAGGAUUAACCUAGGCAUCUACUACAACCGGAACCCCUUGGAGGUGAACUGCUGGUCCCGCCCGUGGAUCUUGAACCGUGGGCCCAGUGGCUACUCUGAUCUGGCUGUUGUGGAAGAACAGGACUUGGUGGCGUGUUUGUUUGAGUGUGGGGAGAAGAAUGAGUAUGAGCGGAUUGACUUCUGUCUGUUUUCAGACCAUGAGGUCCUGAGCUGUGAAGACUGUACCAGCCCUAGUAGCGACUAAAGCCAAAUCAAGACGGAUGAGUGAGGCCCAGCUUCCCACAGAAAGGAAUGGCAGCUACAGCCAGGGUAACAGAGGUCUCUGAUGUCUAGAGAAAACUCUAAAAACUAAUAAUCUGCUCCUUGAAUUUUUUCACUUUUCCCUUCAAUGAGCAUGGUGAAAAUUGUGCCAUAUCUUACAUAACGAGGCUCUUGAACUGGGAGUUUGAAUCUCUUCUCUUCCCAUUAAAAGGAGAGGCCAUGUGCUCGCUUCGCGUUCGACAAAGCCUGGAUUCUGAUCUUGAGUGGAAGCCACAGGCUUGUCUUUUCCAAUGGUUCACUGCUCACCUGAGUAUUAGGUGAUGUGUAGGUGCCUUGGCCAGAAGAAAGAUCUGUGUUGUUGUAUUUUUUUAAAUUUAUUUAUUUACUAUAUGUAAGUACACUGCAGCUGUCUUCAGACACACCAGAAGAGGGCGUCAGAUCUCAUUAGAGAUGGUUGUGAGCCACCAUGUGGUUGCUGGGAUUUGAACUCAGGACCUUCAGAAGAGCAGUCAGUGCUCUUAACUACUGAGCCAUCUCUCAAGCCCCGCAUUGCUGUAUUUUUAAUAAGAAAAAUGCCCUUAUCCUUCCAAUAAUGCCUGGAGCUGUACAAAUUCUCUGUCUUAGAAGACUUGAGAAAGCAGAACUGUAAGGUCAGAUGCUUUCUCCAGCCUUGAUGCUGUGUUCCACCUUCCCUUCCUCAUCCAGAAAACAGUUACUAGGGAGAAAAUGAGAAACCCAUGCCAGCUGCCCUUGAUGAUGGUUGAUAACGGUGCUUAUUGCUUUUGAUGUCAUUACCUCUGUUAGAGAUGAAUCAGAGUCAGAGGUCCUUAGCUGCAUCCACCCAUUUCCAGGGGGACAUUCUAACACUGCUGAACAGUCAGCUAAAAUGAGAGCUGUGUGUCCUAGCCUGAUUCCAGGUUAGUCAUGAUGCUUCCUGGAGCUGGGCUUUUAUCUAAUCCCAGGAGCCAUCUAGGGGAGGCUCAGAGCUAGCAGGUGAUCUUCCUGAGAUGGUUUCACCGUGACAGGUGAACCAUGAGCCCUUCCAAGCAAGGCCAAAGGACAACAUUAUAGGAAAGAUUUCUAGUAUUAAUAUGCCUUUUCUCUGUGUGUGUACUGUCUUGUAGUGAUGCUAUAUAGACAAAUAGAUGAUUUCUUAUUUUUUGUUUGUUUGUUUGUUUUUUUGUUUUUCUGUAGCCCUAGCUGUCCUGGAACUCACUUUGUAAACCAGGCUGGCCUCGAUCUCAGAAAUCCGCCUGCCUCUGCCUCCCGAGUGCUGGGAUUAAAGGUGUGCACCACCACACCUUAAUGAUGAUCCUAUAAGUAUUCCUAAAAUUAUACUAGUAAUUAUUAACUCCUUUAUAAUAGGACUGCUAUUAAAGCCCUCGCUGAUAUGAAAACUACAGUGAGAACUCUGCCAGUCUUCACAUGUCAUAAUUACUUCUGAGAUAGAAAGCAGGCAUUUACAACUUAGAACACAUUUCUUAGAGCUGUAAAACAAUUAACUAGAGGUCAUAAAAGGGAAUGAAAGAUUUAUUGUAGGUGCUAGGACAGAACAUAAAAUAUUGACUGGGCUUAUCUAUAUGAAACUUCAUUGUUAACUUUUACACAAGAAUUAUGGUUUUUAACUUUCAGUGAACCUGCGGAGCUAGUGACAGAAGAGAAAUGUCUAGUUAGAUAACUACUCUUAAUGGAAAUUCACAUAAACAUCUGUUGCCAUCUUCUUUUUGAAUUUAUGUUUAAACUUGUGAAUGUUUGAAUUAGACACUACGCGAGCACAUAGAAAAUAAAGAACUAAGCGUGAA